UUGGUGGACACUGGAAGCGACUUAUGCGUCUUCCCUCGAUCUGCGCUUCAUCAACGACGUGCGAAGACGGACUACCAACUGUGUGCAGCCAACGGUACGCCAAUAAACACAUAUGGUUAUGUUGAGCUCAAUCUUAAUUUAGGCCUACGUAGAGACUUUGUGUGGCGCUUUACUGUAGCUGAUGUAACUAAAGCUAUUAUAGGCGUAGAUUUUUUGUCACAUUUUAACCUUAUUGUCGACGUUCGUAAUAAGCUUUUAAUUGAUGCCACUACUAAAUUGUCAGCUGUAGCUUCUAUUUCUUCUAGCGAUAGCCAUAUUUUGAGUGUAAAGGUCGUGACUGGUGAUUCUAAAUUUCAUAAAAUACUUUCUGAAUUUCCAGAACUGACACGACCGGCAGGCGCUCAUCGCACACCCAAGCAUCACACAGUACAUCACAUCCGUACCACGCCAGGCCCUCCAGUAUCGUGUACACCACGCAGACUCGCCCCGGACAAGCUGAAAAUUGCUAAGCUCGAGUUCGAGGCAAUGUUGGCAAAUGGAACUGCUCGACCUUCCCAGAGCCCCUGGUCGUCACCACUACACCUCGCUCCCAAAAAGGACAAUGGUUGGCGACCAUGCGGUGAUUAUCGCAUGCUCAACGCCCGGACAGUGCCAGAUAAGUACCCUAUCCGACACAUACAUGACUUUGCCCACAAUUUAUCUGGUUGCAAAAUUUUUUCAACCAUAGAUCUGGUGAAGGCGUAUAACCAGAUACCAAUCUUUGAGGCAGAUAUUCCCAAAUCCGCCAUUACGACACCUUUUGGACUCUUCGAGUUCCCAUAUAUGACUUUCGGAUUGCGCGGAGCUAGUCAGACGUUCCAGAGGUUCGUUGAUGAGAUGACCCGUGGUCUAGAUUUUUGUUACCCAUACCUUGACGAUUUUCUUAUAUUUUCACGCGAUGAGUUAGAGCAUGAAAAGCACCUUCGUCAAGUAUUUACAAGGAUGAAGGAUUAUGGCAUGCUCAUCAACACCGCUAAAUGCGUUUUCGGUGCAUCAGAGGUAACAUUUCUAGGCUACAACAUCUCACAACAUGGAACGAAACCUCUGGAAGGUAAAGUUCAGGCUAUAAAGGAGUACCCUGUUCCUAAGACAGCCAAACAGCUUAGGAGGUUCUUGGGCAUGAUAAACUUUUAUAGGAGGUUUAUCCCCCAAGCUGCCAAAAUCCAAGCACCCUUGAACGCCUUAUUGACUGGCGCUGUUAAAGCAUCGCAUCCGGUCAAUUUAAAUGGAGACUCGUUGAAAGCCUUCGAAGAGUGCAAGGAAAGUUUAUGCAAUGCAGCAUUGUUGGCACAUCCUGACUCAAAGGCAAAGCUAGGUCUUGUAACUGACGCUUCUGAUCUUGCAAUAGGUGGAGUCUUGCAACAGCAAAUUGGUGGUGAUUGGCAGCCCCUAGCUUUUUUCUCUCGUAAAUUGAGCCCGUCGCAAAGGAAAUACUCACCAUACGAUAGGGAGCUCCUUGCUGUUUACGAGAGCAUUAAGUACUUUAGACAUUGGCUAGAGGCAACACCAUUCACCAUCUAUACCGACCAUAAGCCGCUGUGCUUUGCAUUUCGCGAACGAAAGGCAAAUUGCAGUCCACGGCAAUUUAGACAUCUAGACUACAUAUCACAGUUCUCAACCGACAUACAACACAUCGCCGGGAAAGAUAAUGUCGUUGCUGACACGCUUUCCCGGGUUGAGCAGGUCGAUGAACUGCUAAGCCCUGUAGAUCUAGAUGUCAUUGCCAAGGCUCAAGACUCCGAUCCUGAAUUUGCAGAUUUGUUAAGGCAGGACACUUCCUUACAAGUUCAAAGAAUAAAGAUACCUGGUAGUCGCAAUGAACUGUACUGCGACGUCAGCACAACGACUCCCAGGCCUUUAGUCCCUAAAGCCUUACGUAAGCGAAUUUUUGAUAGCUUGCACUCGCUAAGCCAUCCCGGCGCUAACGCUAGCGCAAAACUUGUGGCAGAACGCUUUGUCUGGCCACUGAUGAGGAAAGACUGCCGCGAAUGGUCUAAGGCGUGUUUGGCAUGCCAGCGCACAAAGGUAAAUCGACACGUUUCGACGCCUUUUGGUACGCUCGAUUUACCUACGGCGCGAUUCAAAUACGUCCAUUUAGACCUUAUCGGACCUUUACCUCCGUCUGGUGAUUAUCGGUACUGUUUAACAGCUGUCGAUCGCUUCACGCGAUGGACUGAAGCUGUACCACUAAAGGAUAUCACCGCGGAAUCAGUGGCUAAAGCGUUUUUAUCGGGAUGGAUAGCGCGGUUCGGUUGCCCUACCGAUAUUGUUACCGAUCGCGGUAGGCAAUUCGAAUCAGCACUAUUCGCGCAGUUAUCAAGGUUCAUUGGUUUUAAGCACCGCAGGACUACCAGCUAUCACCCUCAAUGCAAUGGUCUCGUCGAAAGAUUUCAUCGGCAAUUAAAAACAGCAAUCAUGUGCCAUGCCGAUAGCAGUUGGACUGAAGCUUUGCCAAUUGUGCUUCUCGGCAUAAGAAGCUCUUUCAAAGAAGAUCUUCAGUCUUCCUCAGCCGAGUUAGUAUACGGCGAGCCAUUGCGACUUCCUGGUGAAUUUUUUGGCCACAAAGUUGACAAAUGUACGACUGACAUAACGGACUUUUCAGCCCGUAUCAGAUCAUUUGCCAAUAAGUUACAGCCAGUGCCAACUUCGCACCAUGCGAAAAACAAAAUCUUUAUUUAUAAAGAUCUAACAUCUUGUUCGCAUAUUUUCCUCAGAGAAGAUAGUUUGAGAGGUGCCUUACAACCAGCAUAUACUGGUCCUCACGAGGUGGUUGAGAGAAAUAAAAAAACUUUUAAAAUCAGAGUAAAGGGCAAAGUCGUGACAGUAUCGAUAGACCGACUGAAACCAGCCUACAUACUGUCCCACUCCAAUGAUCCCACUCCAACUCCUUCUCCACCACUUAAACCAACUCCUAAUCCCACACCCACUCCACUUCCAAAUAGCAGCCCAUCGUCAACAACUGCGUGCAAAACAACUCGUUCUGGGCGCAGAGUACAUUUCCCAGAUUAUUAUCGCCCGUAG